AUGGUGGCGAUCGUCGGGUUCGGCUCGCUCCUGUCCGAGGCAUGGGCGCGCUCCACGUUCGGCGACGGCGUCCGCAACUUCCGCCUGGCGACGGUGCUCGAUUACCGGCGAGUGUUCGCUCACCCAGCUUCCAUUUUUUUCCAGCGAGGCAUCGCCGACCUUGAGACGAAGGAAAUAGCGAGUUUGUCGACGGAGCCGGCGCCGGGAUGCAAAUUCCUAGUUAGCGUGUUUGAUAUUCCCGAGGAGUUGCUGCCGGAUUUUUACGAGCGUGAAGAAGAGUUUAAGAUUAUUAGUGCUACGUUCCAAGAGCUGGACGGAAGCGCUCGAGGCGAGGCGUUAAUGUGCACAAGGUGGAGUGAUGAUGAAUACAUUGCCAAACGCGGACAGGGUACUUUCGAUACCAAGUACAAAGCGUACGGACUGAACACAAUCUGGGGGGUGUACCUUCGUCACUGUCUGCUAGCAGUCAAGAAGCUUGGACAGGACGUGUAUGAUGACUUUUUCACCACAACAUACCUUGGUGAUCGUAGCACCACCAUCAAGGAGUACGUCGAGGCCAAACCUUCCAUCAUGCUCGAGCGUCCUCCUCCUCAUCUUGUGGACCGUUACAGCGGCUAA